UGGAAGGGGACCAGACAAAAAAAAAAGAACAUACGCUACUGCUGCUCUAAUCGAACAGAACAGAGAACACGCAGGGUCGCAGGCUGUUGUUCGACUUGGAGGAGACGAGGAUAACCGGCUGGGCUGCUCUAAUCGACUAAUCGACUUCAAGGUAUGUGUUUUUUUAUCUUUAGGUUUAAAUUAGGGCUUCAAUUUAUGUGAUUUAGGUUGAAAUUAGGCGUGAAAUUGGUCCAUUUUUUGCCCUAAACUUGUUGAAUCUUUCUAUAACUAUUAGAGCUUGAAAUCUAUGGUGAUUUGUUUUGUUAACUUGUAUUGUUAGAUUACGCUAUCGGGAAGAACAAAAUCAUACUUUUUUUUAAAAGAAAGAAUGAAGAACAAGUUGAUGGAAACAAUGAGAUUAAUAAACGUAAAAAAGCUUUAACAAGCGAACCGGUUAAUGAAGCGAAUAAUGAACCGGUUAAUAUUUGACCUAACCCGAAUCGAAUCACCGACGUCCGACCCGAACAUAUUAGGUCCGGUGCCCCCCCCCCCCCUCCGAACUUUUUUUUUCAAGCUUCGCCACUGCAACGUAACAACUACCACCACCACACCAACACCGCCACAAUGCAACCUCUGCCACUGUUGUAGACACCAUCCAAACCGUCGCCAAAACCGACACAUCUCAUGUAAUAACAUAGACCAAGACUUUUUUCAAAGUUUUUGGACUAAACUUGUAGUUUCUGAAAAGCAAGGACUAUUUUUAAAAAUCUCGUAAUUCUGAAAAAAUAAACCAAAACGCAAAGGAUCUGGGUUUGUGUUCGGCUUUCAAAGUUGUAACAUCGGACUCAAGUCUGGUGAAUUGGAGUUCUUCAUUUGACGCAUUCUUGCAAUCCAUCAUCUUUAAUAGGUUUGACGUUCACUGCAUAAAAGAAUUUAGAGAAUGGAAAACGAGGAGGAUCCUGUGAAGAAACAGCAGAUUGUGGAUGCGCGGGCAAGAAACAUCAGUCACAAUGUCCGUUGCUUAGAGUGUGGUAGUCAGUCCAUUGAAGAAUCUCAAGCUGAUAUUGCUGUUCUCCUUAGGAAGCUUAUUCGCGAUGAAAUCAAAUCAGGAAAAAGCGACAAAGACAUCUAUAAAAAGCUUGAAAACGAGUAUGGGGAAACAAUACUUUACGCUCCAAAGUUUGACUGGCAGACUGCAGCCUUGUGGCUAUCACCGCUUCUGAUUGCUGGUGCUGCUGGCGGAAUAUGGGCGUACGGUAGGCACAGGCAAAGGACUAAUGUGCACUUACUGGCGUUGAACCUAACUAGAGGGAUCCCGUUGACCCCGAGAGAGAAGGAAGCCAUGCUAGAGAUCCUAACCCCGCCCCCAUCUCAAGGGAUUCUUCCUUCGUCCCCGUGGUGGACUAGGUGGCUGCCUAAAUGAAAUCGAUGUUCUGUUUCAAUCAUGUUAAGGGUUCAAAGAGGGUAAGGAUCUUUGCACACUAUGAUAAUAAUUGUUUUAUAUCCUCGUUAAAGCAAGUGCGAUGCAAGAGUAUAUGAUUUGUACUUUGUAUUCAUGUAACUUGGUUAUUUCGGUUCUUAAAGCGUUUAGUUUCCUAGCUAGCUUAUAAACAGCUUCCUUGCAUGGUUUGGUUUUGGUUAUGGCUGUUUUGUUUUCAAGCAAAGGAAAAUGAGAAAUAGUGAUGUGCUUUUGCUUUAUAUUACAAGAUAAAUUACUUACUUUUAUGUUUUCUUUUCUUA